ACGGCCCACUCGGUUGCACGUUCUCACAAGGAGUGUCAUGUUUAACAGGCAUCUGGACUGACAGCCAUCCAGGCUGCUCUCCUCACUCCCCACCUCUGUGUUUCUGAAGCUCAGAGUUGACGGGAGGUAAUCCCCUCCAUGUGAGUGGGCGGUGCGGGUACCGGAGGCGUGUUUUUUUUUUUUCUUCUAUUAUUCAAAUACUGCUGUACCUAUAAAAAGAGGUCCUGCCUGCGUCAGAUUGUUUUCUCCAAUGGCUAAAGGUGACUGAAUAUUAGUUGCCUCGGUGUCGUCCUAUCGGCAAGGGAAGAGAUGAUGGACGACUCCGGCGGUGUCCAAAUGGCGAGGGCGCUGAAACACGCAGCCCUGUGCCUGAUGCUGCUGCCCCGGUUCCUGCUGGCCGCCGUCAUGCUGUGGCUCCUGGAUUUCCUGUGCAUCAGGAGAAAAGUGCUGCUGAAAAUGGGCGAGCGUCCGGACAGCCCGGACGACCCGCCGGUGUGCGUCUCCGACUCCAACAAGAUGUUCACCUGGGAAUCCCUCAGGGCCGUGUGGCACGGCCAGAAGCUGGACUUUCUCAAAUCGGCGCACCUCGGGGAGGCUGCCCCCAACACCGAGGUGGUGCUGGUCCAGGAGCGGCGGCAGAUCCGGAUCCUGGACUGCACGAAAGGGAAGAGACCGCUCGUCCUCAACUUUGGCAGCUGCUCCUGACCGCCGUUCAUGACGCGCCUGGCGGCGUUCCAGCGCGUCGUCAGGCAGUACGCGGACAUCGCGGACUUCUUAGUUGUGUACAUCGAGGAGGCGCACCCGUCGGACGGCUGGGUGAGCUCCGACGCGCCUUACCAGAUCCCCAAGCACCGCUGCCUGGAGGACCGGCUGAGAGCCGCGCAGCUGAUGUUCACCGAGGUGCCAGAGAGCAACGUGGUGGUGGACAACAUGGACAACUCGUCCAACGCCGCUUACGGAGCCUACUUUGAGCGACUUUACAUCGUGAUGGAUGAGCGGGUGGUGUACCAGGGUGGGAGGGGCCCGGAGGGCUACCGGAUCUCGGAACUGAAGAACUGGCUGGAGCAAUACAGAAAAGAGGUGAUGGACCCCCAGACGGCGGUGCUGUGUGUGUAGCCGAACCUGCCCUGCUGCUCUGCCCUCCGCUUUAGUGUCCAAACCCACAGUGCAAAAUAUCCAGAUGCUGCUAUCAAACGUUCACACAUGGCACAUUAUAUAUGAAUAUUAUAAAUAUAUAUAUAUAUAUGUUGUUUCUCUUGCAUUAAGAUGUUCAGGACUGACAGAUAGAGGUUCAGUUAAAGUUGACACCUUUAGCCUAUAGACUGUAGGCUUUUAAACUGUGUUGUCAUGACUUUAAAUUGAUUCCUCAUAGCGAUUUAUUUUUUUGUUUGUUUUUGUUUUGUUGUGUUUUUUUUUUGUAUGGAAAAAGUAUUUGAAUCAAUUGAAGCUGGGUUCAGUUGGUGACCACUAUUUUUCUAUUGUGCGUAGGUGUGUGUGAGGGUGUGUGCGUGUGUGUGUGUGUGCGGGUGUGUGUGUGGGUGAAGGAGCGUGCAUUCAGCUUAAUAUCUCACUCUGGCGUCUGUGUGAAGUUCGGUUUUUAAAAGGCGCAUCCAGAAAACCGACACUGAUGUUUCUGACACUGGAAGCAGAGCAAUAUUAGCUGGAUGCUCGCUCCCUCCGUGGUUCACUGCCAAACGAUGUGAUGUUGAAAACGAUGUAACUGAAAAAUAUGUUGUUUUUACAAAAAAAAUAAAAUAAAAUAAAACUCAGAUCAGAUGAAAGGUGGGGAGAGACCUUAAAGUUAUUUAUUUUGUUUUUUCUUUGUGUUGCAUUAAAUGAGCGUAUUGUUCUUUCGCUGGACCACUGAAAACCUAGGAAGGUUUUAAUCCAAACUAGGGUUAUCAAACGUGUGGUCCGUGUGCCUUUUGUGGUCUUAUGGGUGAUUUUUGUGUGGCCCACAUACACACACAAUUGAAGUACGGCGGAAUUUAGUUUUAUUUUAUUAAUCUUAUUUUUCAUUAAUGCCUGUCUUUUUUUUCUUUUCUUUUUUUUUGAAAAUAUGUAGAAAGAAACAAAUCUUCCUAAAUGAAAAACGUUAAGUACAACAAAAAGUGUUAAAUUUUUUUAAUGGAUUUCCCCCCACCCUUCUUCUAAUAUAAUGGCAAAUAGGGCCUCAAUUAUCGAGGCAUUUUUUUUUAUUCAGAUACAGACUUGGGUGCAUUUAUUCAAUAAGUCGUACAAACUA